AUGGGUUUGAAAAAGUGGAUGGCUGUGGUGAAGUCCGACAAGGACGGGACGAGCUUUUCAUCGAGGAAACAGGACAGGAAGAAAGCAAAGCGUUUAAGAAAGCUACAAAGUGUGGCGUGUGCUCGUCAUCAGCCCAUCGAAAAAGUAAUGGAGGAAGCGUUCAAAAGCAAGAAUAUGAGUAAAAAGCAAAAAAGAAAACUUCGAAAAAUUGAAGCUGCGAUGGUUGAAAGCGAACAGCGGGAACAAGUAGAUUCGCCACUAAAACGACGUGGCAAACGUGACCGAGUUUCAUCUGAAUCAGAUGAUUCGGAUGCGGAACUCACUUACGAACAGUAUCUCCAGGAAGUACAGGAUAAGAAGCGAAAAAUAGCGAUUGAAGGUGAUGAUGAGAGGCAGGAUGAUAUCGACAUUCAUAGGUAUUCAAAGCUUCUCGGAAUCAAAGAAGGAAAGACAUCCAAGAAGCCUAAGGCCUUCACGAAUGAUGGCCUAGAUUAUUUGCUCGACUUUUGUGACAGUGAUUCUCGUAAACGGAUUCUGGCUACAUCAACAGAUCAGGAAAUAGCUUUGAAAGGAGACGAUCUAGUCGACGAGGAACAAAGCGAAGACGAAGAUGAUGCGGAUGACGUUUCUGGCGAAGGAAGUUCCUCAGAAGAUGAGAGCCUCCAUGAUGGAGUCGAGCAAGAUGAAGAACGUACCCGUAGCAGUGACGAAGAAAGUAUCGAGGAAAAUGACAGCAAGAUUGGUAGUGAGGAUGACUACAAGGAAGAUAUUUAUGGUCGUACGAUUAACAAAAAAACUGGCAAAGUGGUCAGAUUCGAUAUAAGAGGAGCUCACAAGAAACUGGAAGAUCUGGAUGCCAAAGCAGGCGACAGCGAGUCCAAAAUGAAAAUCGAUAGGAUAUUGAUGGGAACUCUCAACAGGUUGUCGGAAGGUACUCUGGUAAAAAGCUGUCAAGCUGUCGCUGAGGUCUGGCAGAACAGCUCGAAGAAUGAUGUAAAGUCGUGCAUGACUCGUGCCCUCUCAAGACUGGUUUGUGCUCCAUACCGGCUGCAAGAUCAGCUGCUAUCAUUAUACGCAAUGUUCCUCGCCCAGAUCCAUUCGUUCGUCAGUGAAGAAAUUUCCGCUUACUUCGUCGAAGUAUUUCUGCGUGAGUUUGUCGAGCAAAUUUCUCAGGCUCAAGCUCAAGACGACAAGAAAUUGGAGAACAGUGCUGUUUUUAUAGCACAUUUGCUGAAUUUUCAUAUAAUCAAAGCGGCGGUCAUAAUCGAGAUAUUCGAGAAGUUGCGAGAACAACUGAAUGUAGACAACUCAUACAAAGCCCUGCGGAAGCUGCUUUGGGCUCCUUUUUUGGAGGAAUUGUCAAAAAUAGCGAAAGCUUUAGAAACGGCCGCGUUCUCUGUGUUGCCCAGAGCCAAGUUUCUUGGUGAGACGUUACUAGCCCUCCAGAAAAGUCCACCAACAAACUUUGACCCGUCCGUCAUUGAGCACCACUUGAAGCUAUUUUAUGGGAUGAGGAAAAAAAGCAAUUUGGUUUGCGAUAAAGAAUUGGGAAUGUCGUUGGAUGAUCUUCUCAAUGCUGAUGAGCGAGGUCGAUGGUGGGUCGUUGGAUCCGCUUAUCAAGUAGCGGAAGAUGGCUGCACCAUAGACGACAAGGUUGGGACUUCGACUCAGAUCGCUAGUUCUUUCCCCGAGGAAAUAGUCCAGCUGGCUCGAAAGGCAAAAAUGAAUACGGAUGUUCGUCGAAACAUUUUCUGUACUGUCGCUACGUCUGACGAUGAAGAUGCUGCGUUUGAGCGCCUCCUUCGCCUUUCUCUUAAAGGUCAACAGGAGCGAGAAAUCAUCUAUGUGUUGAUCAUGAUGUUUCUGAAAGAAAAGAACUUCAAUCCUUUCUAUCCGACGCUGAUUGCACGAUUUUGCGAUUUUGAUAGGCGAUUUGUG